AUGGCUUGUCUUUCUCCUCCACCCACUGUUGCUGGUGCUGCUCCUCCACCCACUGUUGCUGGCGCUACUCCUCCACCCACUGUUGCUGGUGCUUCUCCUCCACCCACUGUUGCUGGCGCUACUCCUCCACCCACUGUUGCUGGCGCUACUCCUCCACCCACUGUUGCUGGCGCUACUCCUCCACCCACUGUUGCUGGCGCUACUCCUCCACCCACUGUUGCUGGCGCUUCUCCUCCACCCACUGUUGCUGGCGCUUCUCCUCCACCCACUGUUGCUGGCGCUUCUCCUCCACCCACUGUUGCUGGCGCUUCUCCUCCACCCACUGUUGCUGGCGCUUCUCCUCCAUUCACUGUUGCUGGCGCUAUUUCUCCAGCCUCUGUUGCACCUUUCGGUUUACUGUUGUUAGCUCCUUGCCACUCCUGGUGGUACUACUUACACUGGUGA